GGGAAACAACAUUAUGUUAGCCGUAGCUAAAGAUGGAAAGAUCAAAGUUCAAUUUGAUUCGGCAAGGAAAACAUGGAAGGCAGUAGGGCCAAAAGCUUCUUGGUGGUCAAGCGCAAUAGGCAUACACACUCGGGACUGUUGUGAUCCGUUCUACGAUAAGUGGGACGAUGUUCCAGCCUGUCAAAAAGCUAUGAUUCGACAUAGGAUGUUGGACUGGUUUGAGUGCGAUAAUGACAAGCUUUUUGAUGAAGUAUUGAUUCGAGAUGCUCGAGAGUCCUACAACGAUUGGAAAAGUGAUUUAUCUGUGUAUUUCAAGAACAAAGGAGGAAUGCAAGUUAAGAGACCUAUAAAUGUACGAAGUGAUG